ACAGUCGUCGACCGGCUUUCGCAGCGUGCGCCUCGUAGAUCGGGAUUUGUAAACGCGUUUUCCAGCCACCAAUCGUCUAAACUAACGAACGCUGAGACCGCAUAUAGACCGCAUUCCGAGAUCCGAGAUGUCAGUCAGUCCCGCGCCCAUGCUGCUGCUCCUAUUGGCCCUCGUCCUGCCGCAGUGGAUGCCCCUCGUGGCCGGAGGGUCCUGCCGGGAGGCUCAGCUCUGCUGCACUGGCCGCGACUCGUCCUGCGUCGUCCAGAAGGCUCCGAUCAACGCCAUCAUCGAGGACCUCAGCGACAAGCCCUGCUACUGCGACCACGCCUGCCUCAAGCUCGGCGAUUGCUGCGACGACUUCAAGGACCACUGCGGAGUGCUGGACUGCCAGGUGGGCGACUUCGGGGCCUGGAGCGAGUGUGACAAGAGCUGCGGCACUGGGAUGAUGACCCGCAACCGCCAGAUCUUGCAGGCGGCCCAAAAUGGGGGCAAACACUGCCCCACUUUGCAGCAAAAACGCAGCUGCCAAGGAUACCGCUGCCACGGACAUCACGACAAAAAGAUAUUGCGCGAAAUGGCCCUGCUCCUGCCAGCUGCACUUUCACACAAUCGACAUGUGAAUGAUAGUGGCGACAGCCGGCGAAAUCUGCGCACGCGCUUCCGCGACUCCUACAAGCACAGCCAUGAUCAUGAAUACUGUGUGGAAUUCGAAGUAAUCAAAGCCUCCAAGGCCUGCCACAAGUUACCGCCAUACAAUUUGAUGCUGGAAGGCGAUCGCAUCACGGUGCGCUGUGACCUGGAGGCUUUGAUCCAGGACUCCACCGGCAGCUCCACCACCACCAGGACACCCCAAGAUCCAGCCGCGCCGCCCACAACCACCAAUUCCGUGUCCGGCCAGCGGGCAGCGAACGAACUUGAGGAGGAGCGACAGCAGCAACAGCAGCAGCUUAAGGAGAACAGCAGUGGGAGCGAGGAGGAGCUGGAGCCAGAGGCGGAGGCAGAGGAGGAGGAGGAGGAGCAAGAGCAGGAGCAAGAGGAGCAGGACGACCUGCAGAACGCCCUGGACAGCAACGAGAGUGCCGAAAGUUAUCGUCACCAGCGGCAGUCGCAGUCGCAGAUGUCCCAUUAUCGAAGGAGUGCGGGAAAGCGCAGCGUAGUGCCGGUCACGCCCCCGCCCACGCUGGCGCCCACCUACCACUGCCGGGGGGAGGGGCUGGCCGGGCGCACGACACGUUGGAGCGCGUUGCCGGCGCCGUCGUGCCGCGGCAAGUGGCUCCGCCUGACCGUCGGACCGCCCAAGAAGUGCGGCGGCCACGCACAGUUCACCUUUGUCUAAGGCGCUGCAUCAUCCGGAGAUCGUUUUUUUUUUUCGUGUAGGUUAUGGUGUACGGCUACCCCGCCCCGCCCAGC